GAUAACAUUUCGUUUUGAGCUUUUCUCAGGGUUAAUAGAUUGGAAAAUAUGGCGUUGCAUUCGACUGCACUUAACGUGGAGAAUGAUUGGAAACCUGAAAGAACUCUUGUUCUACUCGGUCGAACAGGGAAUGGUAAAAGCGCAACGGGAAACAGCAUUCUAGGUAAAACUAUGUUUCAGUCAAAAGCAAGAGGAAAAUUCAUUACCAAAGAAUGUAAGCUACAUAAAUCCAAGCUACCAAAUGGUCUGACCAUCAAUGUUAUCGACACUCCUGGUCUGUUUAGUGCUUCCUCGACGACAGAUUUUACCAUCAGAGAAAUCAUUAGAUGCUUGCUUCUAGCUAAAGGUGGUAUCGAUGCAGUGCUUCUUGUCUUCUCUAUAAGGAAUCGGUUAACAGAAGAAGAACAAUCAACGCUUCGCACAUUAAAGAUCCUUUUCGGAAGUCAAAUCGUUGACUAUAUAAUCGUUGUUUUCACCAAUGAGGAUGCACUUGAGUAUGGAGAAACUUUGGAUGAUUAUUUGGAAGAUUGUCCUGAAUUUCAGGAGAUUCUCAAAGAAUGUGAUGAUCGUAAAGUGUUGUUUGACAAUAGUUAUAAUGCCCCUGUGAGCAAGAAAGAAAGACAAGUCAAUGAUCUUCUCAACCUCGUCGAACAAAUCUCAAAGAAGAACAAUGGAAAAUCUUAUAUGGCUGACUUAUCACAUGAGCUAAGGGAGAAUGAGGCCACUAUAGAGGAAAAGCAGAAGCAGAUUGAAGCAAUGAAAGGUUGGUCUUCAAAACAAGAGAUAUCUCAAAUGAAAAAGGAACUAGAGAAAUCGCAUAACGAAAUGCUCGAGGGGAUAAAAGAAAAGAUCUCUAAUCAGCUGAAGGAGUCAUUGAAAGAUGUGAAGGAGCAAUUAGCUAAGGCACAAGCCGAGAGAGAAGAAACCGAGAAAAAGAUGAAUGAAAUUCAGAAACUAUCUUCUGAUGAGAUCAGGAGGCUGAGAGAACAACUCAACAAAGCUGAGAAAGAAACUGCUUCGUUACGCACCGAACUCAACAAGAAAUGUACUGUUCUUUGAUCAUAUCUUAAAAUGCUAUGUAUGUAUAAUCAUAAUAAUCACAUACCAUAACAUGUAUGAUAUAUGAAACAAUAAACCAAAGUCUUGAAGGAUUAUAUCAAAAUCUUCAUUGUACUUUGAUCUAAUAAUACAUCAAAAACAUA